UGACUCAAAGUCCCUAUGGGCACUCUGGGUUUCGGAACGACAAAAGCACUUAUUUUAUUUGAAAGCAAUUAAUUUUUGUUGCAUUUGCAUAAAUUCGUUCAAAUAACUUGUUGAGGAGCUUUAUAAAAGAAAGACUCACACUCUCUUCCCCAACUACAGCCAUAGUAGACGUAUUGUAUAAUCGCUACUUUCAUUCUAUUUUCAUUAACCAUGGCAUUCUCACCCGAUCAUUCGGAAAACAAUUCAACAUCAGACCAUGAAUCUGAAAGUGACUUGCCAGUAUUUGAUGUGCAAAAACUCGUGGACGAGCAAAAGAAAGUCCUUUUUCCUAAGCGAAGAACCUCAUUGGAAAAAUUUACAAAGACUCGAAAGCAAUACAGCGAGUUGAUCGAGAUUGCCUUGUUUCAGUUAAAUGAAGUGCGAUCUGGCUCUUCGAGACAGGCUAUAGUCAAGUACAUACUAUCUAAUCAUAACGUCGGCAACAAUCCGGAACGAUAUAUCCGUCAAGCUCUAGUCAAACUCGUGGAACACAAUCGAAUAGAACGUAAAACCGGUGUAGGAGCUACAGGCAGAUUUACUUUGUCGAAGCACGUCCGUGAAGCUAUGCGCAAAGGUCAAAAAACAGCGUCCAAGCAAAAGAAAACUAAACCAAAAGUUUCUGCCAAGAUAGACGAAAAGACCGCCAAAACAAGGGUUAAGACCAAUGUUAAAGUUACAAAAAAUGCUAAGAGUGUUGCGAAUGGCAACGAAGAAAAGAAGAAUGAAAAGUUAGCAAGAAUGAAGAGAAAUCAUCUAAUGAUGAUAAUAAGGAAAACGAGAAAAGUAAAAGCAGCAGCAAUACGAAUAAAAAAAGUGGUACAAGAUACGCAAGCAAAAGAAAACACAAAAGCCAAAGAAGAUAGCGGAACAAUAAAAGGAAAAACAAAAAUGAAAGGUAAAGCAAAAUCAGCAGAAACACAUCGAAAAAGAACGAAAACGUAAGGACAAAAGAAGCGGAAGAAAGAAGAACAACGAAAGCAAAAGCCAAACCUAUCCCAAAAAAUAAUAAUGUGGUAGAUCGUUCCUCAAAAGCAAGAAAUACAAAAAAUCAUGCCAGUAAAAGCACCAAACGUAAAGGGAAAAAAUAAAAUUCACUCGAUGUAAAACUAUAUUUAGAAUAAUGCGUAUAACUUAUGGACAUUUAUUUUAAACUUAUCAACGAUUAGUUAAAGAAAGCAUUGAAAAAUUGUAAGAAUUAAAUUUGUAAAAUACCUUUAGCUCAAAUAAAUCGCUUAAAAAUCACUGUACAUAAAUAAAUUUACAGCAAUAUACUUCUUGAAUAAGUUGAAUUAUACAUGUUCACGAUUGCUCACGGACCAUUCCGAAAAAACCCCGGUGAGCGUCAUAUAGC